CAAGUGAGCAUAACCGAAGAGAUCAACGUGGAAUACAAUGUCUCCUACGUGUAUCAUGCCAUGUAUGCCUACUUCGACAGAGACAAUAUUGCUCUGAAGGGAUUGGCCAAAUUUUUCAAGGAAUCAAGUACGGAGGAAAGACAGCAUGCUGAGAUUAUGAUGGAAUAUCAGAAUAAAAGAGGAGGCAGGGUUCAGCUGCAGUCAAUGCUGAUGCCAUUUUCAAAAUUUGAUCACGCAGAAAAGGGUGAUGCAUUAUAUGCAACGGAACUUGCAUUGUCUUUGGAAUGGACAAAUGAAAACAAUGACGUUCAAUUUGUUGACUUUCUAGAAAGCGAGUUUUUGGUUGGUCAGGUGGAAGACAUUAAAAAGAUCUCAGAAUAUGUGGCUCAGUUAAGAAGAAUGGGCAGAGGACAUGGUAAUACUGUUUGGCACUUUGAUCAGAUGCUCCUUAAUGGAGGAUCUUCCAGUUCACCAAAGAGAAGAUGCAGUGAGCAGUUUAGUGCAAGAGUUACAAACCCCGUGUAUGGUUGUGUUGGAAUCAUAUCUUACCUAGAAAGUCAAGUUUCUGAGUUACAAAAGCAGCUUGCGGUAGCUCAGGCAGAGAUUCUUAGCAUGCAAAUGUAG